CUUCAUUUGAAUCCUUGUCUUUGCUAUUAGCUAGCCAACCACCUAUUCUUAUUGUAAUAAUUUAUCGCCCACCUAAACCUAGUCAGUUUUUUCUGCCUGAAUUUGCUGAAUAUAUGCCUAUACUGUCAACUAAUUAUGAUAGGAUUCUUUUACUUGGAGAUUUUAACCUUCACAUUGAUAACAAAGCUGAUUCAAAGGCUAUUGACUUUUUAAGGCUCCUGGACUCUCUUGAUUUUAUUCAGCAUGUUUCAGGGCCCACCGAUAAUCAUGGCCAUACCUUAGAUCUUGUCAUCUCUCGGGGUCUAGUUGUUAAUAUCUCAUCCAUAAUUGAUCCUAAUAUCUCUGAUCACUCUUGUAUUUUAUUUGAAGCUAUUGUAUCGGUACCCAGAAAGAGUGGGGCCCACACUAUUAAAAGCCGUGUCAUUAAUUCUUCAACUGUACAAAGGUUUUCUGAAAUAAUAAGUUCAGCUCCAUCACUUCCUUUGCAGUCUCUGUCUACUGAAUUACUAGUUGACAGAUUUAACCACCUUUGCACUACUACUCUUCAUACAGUUGCUCCAGUCAAGACUAGAUUAGUUCCACUUAAACAUAAUGCUCCCUGGAUUAACAAUACUAUCCGUCAAAUAAAAAGAGACUGUCGUAAGAUGGAACGAAAAUGGAGGGCUACAAAAUUACAUAUCUAUUUUGAUAUUAUGAAAGAUUAUCUAUCGAGGUACAAUGAAGCUAUAAGAUCUGCAAGAUGUGCAUAUUUCUCCAAAUUGAUUGAGGAAAAUAAAAAUAACUCCAGGGUGCUUUUCUCAACAAUAGAUAACUUGAUAAAUCCUUCAUUCUCACCCAUCUGCAACAUAGAAGUGUCCUCGUCCAAGUGUGAAGAAUUUCUCAACUACUUUGAAAAUAAAAUAAAGACUAUUAGGGAACAAAUUCCAUCUUAUGGUUCUAAUUUAAUUAUUUCAGAUAGACUGGGGAAAACAGUGAUGAAAUCAUUUUCUUGUAUUACUGCACAGGAACUAAACAUGAUUGUCAUGCACAUGAAAUCCACAACUUGUAUGUUAGAUCCCAUUCCAACAAGGUUUCUGAAGGAUGUCCUUAGUUACUUGUGUAAUGAUAUUCUUGCCAUUAUGAAUAGUUCGCUGGAAAAUGGAAUAGUUCCGGCUUCUUUCAAAAUUGCCCUGGUUAAGCCCCUACUUAAAAAACCCAACUUAGACAGUUCACUUCUGAGUAACUUCAGACCCAUUUCAAAUCUCCCUUUUCUAGCAAAAGUUCUUGAAAAGGUAGUGCUUAAACAACUUAAUGGCUUCCUGAUUACUAAUAAUAUGUUUGAAAAGUUUCAGUCUGGGUUUCGUUCAAAUCACAGUACAGAAACUGCCCUGGUAAGAGUAACAAAUGACUUAUUAAUGAGUGCAGAUUCAAAUGCUAUAUCCAUUCUUGUUCUUUUGGACCUUAGUGCUGCGUUUGAUACUGUGGAUCAUUCCAUCUUAAUUGAUCGUCUUAAGGGAUGGGUGGGCCUAGAUGGUAAAGUACUAAACUGGUUUAGAUCCUACCUUACAAACAGACAGUUCUUUGUUUCACUGGGGGAGUCUGUCGGGUUUAGCAAAUAUUACCUGUGGUGUCCCUCGGUUCGAUUCUUGGUCCGAUAUUAUUCUCUUUAUACAUGUUACCUCUAGGCCAGAUUAUUCAUAAACAUGCUGUAAAUUUCCACUGCUA